AUGAAGUCCUUCGUCGUCCUCGGCCUUGCUGCCGCUGUUACUGCCAUCCCACAGGCCUCCUCCGGGUCUCAGUGCGCCUCUUCUGCGCCCAGUACCUUCGCCAUCACUACUGUCAAUGCCACCAAAACUGCUACCAAGCGUAGCUUGGAGAGGCGUCAGCUUGAUGGCACACUCAAGAUCUCACUCAAGGACGGCAAGUUGACCGACCAGGCUGGCCGCACUGGUUACAUCGCUGGCAACUACCAAUUCCAGUUUGACUCUCCUGUCCAGGCGAAUGCCAAGGAGACUGAGGGCUUUGGUCUCUGCAGCAACGGCUCCAUGUCCCUUAUGGGCUCCACCGUCUUCUACCAGUGUCUGUCUGGUGACUUCUACAACCUGUACAGCCAGUCGACCGGUGCUCAGUGCAUACCGAUCCACAUCCAAGCUACCAUGGCCGGCGCCAGCUCUAGCGGAGUCUCUCAGAUCUCUGACGGCCAACCUCAGGCUACCUCCGCCGGCCCAGCCGUCUCUCAGAUUUCUGAUGGUCAACCGCAGGCCACCAAGCCUGUUGUUACCCAGAUCUCUGAUGGCCAGCCCCAAGCUUCUAAGCCUGUUGUUACCCAGAUCUCCGACGGCCAGCCUCAGGCUUCUGCUCCCGUCGUCACCCAAAUCUCCGACGGCCAGCCCCAAGCCUCCGCUCCUGUUGUCACCCAGAUUUCUGAUGGUCAACCUCAGGCCUCCGCGCCUCUGGUCACCCAGAUCUCUGACGGUCAACCCCAAGCUUCUGCGCCUGCUGGCAACCUCACCGGCAACGCUACCAUGCCGUCGAUGCCCGAGUACACUGGUGCCGCCGCCACUGGCGCUGCCAGCUUCGGUGCUCUCGCCGCUGGUUUCUUCGCUCUCUUUGCCCUCUUGUAA